AUGAAGGAAGCUUCCUCUGAACCACCCAAUAUAGAUGGCAGUCGCUCUGUUGCACAACCCACAGCGCCCACUGCUCAGGGCUUGAGUGAGCAACCUCGACUCCAAGAAUUCGACGAGAAGAAGACUCGAUUGGAUAAUCAAAAUGGACGCAAGACCAAGUCUCUGCACAAGAUCCCCUCUGCCGGCGGUGUCUCGUCUCCUGCUGCAGGCUCGGGGUCUGUCCUAGAAGCUCCCAGCAAGGCCGAAGAGCCUGCACAAGGAGAAACCCCAAGCACAACUAGCAAAAAUGCUGGUUUUUUUGCCGAGCUGAAGCGUAGUGUUAGAAUCGUCAUCACUUACAGCUGGCUCAAUGUUUUUAUGGUAUUUGUCCCCGUGGGCAUUGCCGUAUCUCAGGUUCCUGGCGUCCCUGCAGGUCUUAUUUUUGGUAUGAAUGCUAUUGCAAUCAUUCCUCUUGCUGGACUCUUGGCAUUCGCUACCGAAUCUGUUGCUCUCAAAAUGGGAGAUGCCCUUGGCGCGUUGUUGAAUGUUACCUUUGGCAAUGCCGUCGAGUUGAUCAUUUUUAUUCUCGCUCUGGUCAAGAACGAAAUCCGCGUUGUCUACAACAGUACUGUUACGCAGAUGAGCGCUUGUCUGCUCAGUCUGAGUGUUAUCAGCCUGGUUUUGCCGACUGCUUUCCACGCCUCAUUCAAGGAUAACGACAAGGCAGACCGAGAGUCGCUCAAAAUCAGUCGCGGAACCAGCGUGGUCCUUCUGAUCGUAUAUGUCAUUUACCUUACAUUCCAGCUCAAAUCACAUGCAUACAUGUACGAAUCUACCCCUCAGCACAUUAUUGAUGCUGAGUUGGCACCUGGACCUGCUGCUGGCUUCCUGGAUUCGUCCAGCUCUGAUGACAGCUCAUCCUCGAGUUCGGACUCAUCUGACUCGGACUCGUCUCACGGAACUAUGAGAAAGAGAAUGAAGAAGGUUCUUCGUAACAGACGACACCGAAGAUCUAGCGCUGCUUCCGCCGACACCGCUGAUACCAAGGGAACCCGGUCCGCUUCAUUUGCAACCAACAACACCACCACGCCACAGGAAGAAGUUUCUGAGGCAAAAGCAUCACGUCAGCGAGUUCCUCGUUCAGCUUCUUAUGAAGGAAGUGAGCAUGCCGUUGAUGAUGACGACGAGGAAGAGGCAGAGCGCUCCCACAGACGCCGACGUUAUCGCCGACACAGGCAUCGCAGAAGCAAGAAGGAGGCCCGCAAAGCUAAGAAGGAAGCCAAAAACGCCCAAUCCCAGAAUGGUGUACCGGAAAGCAUACCUGAAAAUAAGGGUGAAGGAGAGCCUCGCCGUGUGGAUUUUGCAGUACAGGACGACCUUGAAGCCGGUCCUUCAACCAAUGGAGGCAAACGACCAUUCCCCCUAAGAGGAAUUUCUGUCAAGGCUCUGGCUCCCGUUUUCACUGAGAAGCCUCCCACGGCUUCUGGCCCAGCUCCCCAUGUCCGUUACGGCAUUCGACGUACCAAUUCUCUCCCUGAUCGUUUACAGUUCCGAGCUCCUGGCGCAAUGUUGCCCGCUCAGAUCCCACCCAUGUUGAAUGCUCCCGGUGUGAAGUCCACCGACAGUGAUGAGGAGGAUGAAGAGGAACACCUUUCCCAAUUUUCCGCUGUCAUCCUUCUCCUUGUUUCCACGGCCCUGGUUGCAGUCUGUGCCGAAUUUCUUGUCGACUCAAUUCAGGAGGUCGUUAAAACUUCUCACAUCAACCAGGUCGGAAUCGGUCUGAUCAUUCUUCCCAUCGUCGGUAACGCUGCUGAGCACGUCACCGCUAUUAAGGUGGCUUACAAGAACAACAUGGAUCUCGCUAUUGGUGUUGCUGUAGGAAGUUCUAUUCAAAUUGCUCUUCUCCUCACUCCUUUCAUGGUGAUCCUGGGAUGGAUCAUGAACAAGGAGAUGACGUUGUACUUUACGCUUUUCGAGACCGUGUGUCUCUUUGUAUCGGCCUUCAUUGUCAACUUUCUUGUAUUGGACGGCAGAAGCAAUUACCUAGAAGGUGCCCUGCUCUGCGCGGUGUACAUCAUUAUCGCCGUUGUGGCUUUCUUUUAUCCUGACUCAGAGGAUGCAAGCGUCUGGGGAGGAGGUACUUAG